AUGGCCCAUGCCCCUCUCCUUCGAAACAACACCGCUCCGGUCUUCCACUCCAACCAGAGCGGCGUCAGCGUCCUUCAGCAAAACAACAUGAGUAGCGCACCACGCGGUAGCCAGCUGUCAGGUUCGACGGCUUAUGCUGGCUCAUCCACGUCCUUGACUUCCCUGAGCAGCGCUGCAACCGCAGUGCCAGGCCAGAAUGGCGCAAACGUCAUGGCCACUGCCAACAUCAUCAACCAAAAAGCCGAUGCCUCGAGAUCUCUGUAUCAAAUUUGUGUAUCACUCAAACAACGAUUAAGUCAGGUACCCGACUUCGCACAAUACUUGGAUCAGCUUGAUCCAACCGAUCCCGUCGACCCUCUAUGGAACUUGUUUCGCUCCGGGUAUCCCCUCCUCACAAUCUACAACUCGCUACAGCCCACGGAGCCUCUCAGGGUAGACGAUCCAAAUGCGUCAGAAGCCAAGAAGUCCAAGAUUGCUAUUUUCAAGUUUGUGCAAGCUUGCAUGAAGGAACUGCAGGUCCCCCCAGCUCAAAGUUUUGUGAUUACUGAUUUGAUGGGGAAUGACACCAGUGGCUUCGUCAAGGUUACACAAGUCGUCAACUAUGUGCUCGAUCUAGCAGACCAACGUGGCCUGUUGCUUCAGCUUCAGCCUUACCCCGAGGACGAAGCUGUGAUUUCAACAGGGGGCUCACAAAUGACGUACAGGGAUCAUAUCGUAAAAGAACUCGUUGAUACUGAGCGAAAAUAUGUCCAAGACUUGGAAAACCUGCACGACCUGAAAAAGACAUUGGAGCAAAAGGGUCUCAUCCCUGGUGACGUUGUGCACCAAAUUUUCCUCAACAUUAACGCGAUCCUCGAUUUCCAGCGACGAUUUCUUAUUCGGGUUGAAACGACAAAUUCCUUGCCCAAGGCCGUCCAGCGAUGGGGUGCCCCGUUUUGUUUCUACGAGGAUGCCUUCGAUAUCUACCAGCCAUUUAUUGCCAACCAGCGCAAGGCCGCCCAAAUUGCCAAUCAGGUCUUUGAGAAGAUUCAACAGUCGGACCAUCCCGUUGCCGCAGAUUUCAAUACUUUAGACGGCUUUCUACUGAAACCCAUGCAGCGACUGGUGAAAUACCCAUUGCUACUGAAGGAUUUGGCCAAAAAAUCCGAAGAUGUGGAGGUCAAAGAUGACCUAAACACUGGAUGUGAUGCUGCAGAACGGGUCUUACAAAAGGCCAACGAAGCGGUGAACCGUGAUCUCCUAGAUGAGGCUCUAGAAGAACUGAUUACCCGAGUAGAUGACUGGAAGUCCCAUAAGGUGGAAUCAUUCGGCAAGCUGCUCCUCCACGGUGUCUAUGGUGUGAUCACUGGCAAGAGUGAACAAGAGAAGGAUUACGAAAUCUAUCUUUUCGAGUGUAUCUUACUAUGCUGCAAGGAAGCAUCUGGCAAGAAGGACAAGACACGAUCAACAGGUCCCAGGAUUAGGAACAGGAACGCAAAGCUCCAGCUGAAGGGCAGGAUUUUCAUGACUAACGUGACUGAUAUCGUGUCCCUUUCGAAGCCGGGCUCGCACAGCGUUCAGAUCUGGUGGAAGGGUGACCCUGGCGUCGAGAAUUUCACCAUCAAGUUCCUUAAUGAGGAGACAAUGAGAAAGUGGGCUGUAGGACUAGAGACGCAAAGAAAGGAAAACGCACCGCGACUGUCCACCAGCCAGGAGUCUAUCAAUAAUGACUUUGCAUGGACAAGGGACCACGCAGGCGGCCUCGAAAAUCCCUACCUACAACAGGACGAAGAUGACGAUGAAGAUUAUGGACCGGCAACAGCUCCAGCACAAUUUCCGAUGCCUGCAUCAAUGGGCGCCGCCGUACCUCGUACUUCGUCAAGUUCCAGUCUAAGACAACGUUCUGCCACAGGAGAGAGCACGCAAUCCCUUGCAGGCAUUGCCAGAGCUCCCCCUCCGCGUUUCCCGCUGCCUAUGCCACCGGCCCCCCUCAGUCUACAAACACAAGGCAGUGGUGCCCCCUCUCCCGGCUCUAGAGGCGGAGACAGCUAUUUCUCUCCGGUGGCCGAGUCUCCGGCAUCUUCUCGUACCAGCACCACAAGCGGCAUCUUCCCUGGCCCUGCCUAUCAGUUCCCUCCCAAAGCUGGUACACCACAGGCCGUCUGGGACGACCCGCGUUAUGCCCCUCCUAAUAUGCCGCGCGCCCCAUCAAGGGACGGAUCAUCGCCAAAUCCAAUAGGUAUGAGUGCCAGAAACGCGCGAGGGCCCUCUCUGCCGGCAAUGGCCACUCACAGUCAGACCGCAGCUCAGCAGCAGCGAAGUAGAUCUUACAGCACUCCAGAUGUGAACGUUGGAGGUAUUCCCCGGCAGCGCCAACCGAGUCAAGGCAACGUUCCGGCUGUGCCUGGCAUCCCCCAGCAUUUACAUCCGGCCCACGAUGGCAACAUCCCGAGGUCGCAAACAGGCUCCCCUCGUAACGAUUUGCCAAUACGAACCAGCACACAGAGCCCUGGGUUGCAACGUGAACGAAUGCAUCAACACUCGGGAAGUCUUGGUGGUACUAUGACGCAUUUCCCUUCACAACCUACUUACCAGCGCGGGAACACACCUACGGGAGGCAACGGGCUGCGAGUCGACUCUGCCACAGCGAACUCGCGGAAUGUGUCUCCAUCUAUUGGCACGGGAACGUUGCCUCCAACUAGCAACCCGAUGGCUAGCCCAGAUUUACCUAUGCCGACACAAUUGAAAGUCAGAGUGAACUGUGACAGCGGAAAUUACGUGACGCUCGUUGUCGCAUUCAACAUUACCUACCAAUCUCUGAUCGACCGAAUUGAUGCUAAACUCGCGCGAUUUAUGACGAGCAGUAUCGGCAAAGGUCUGCUGAAGCUACGGUACCGUGAUGAAGACGGCGACUUCGUCACCAUCCAAAGCGAUGACGACAUUCAAAUUGCCUUUAUGGAAUGGCGUGAGGGUGUCCGAAACAUGUAUUCUGGCGGCGUAGGAGAGAUAGAACUCUUCUGUGUUGGAGACGGUCAAUAG